AUGUCGCCCCUGAUCAUGAUGAAAAUUUUUUUCGAAUCCAGUUUUUUUAAAGAGAAGCGAGCGCCUAGGCUUCCAACACCGGCUGAGGUUAGAGCCAUCAGCAAGAAGUCAGGUAAUAUCCGUAGCGCAAGCUUCAAUCGCCCACCACCUGUCAUGAUUCCAUCAUUGGGCCUAGUUGUCAAGUACGGAGCCGACACAACAGUGACCGAGGCACAGACUCAAAUAAUGAUAUGCAAGCACCUGAAAGGCCAAGUACCUGUCCCUGAGGUCUUUGGCUGGACUGAAGAUGGGGGUCAAGUUUUUAUCUAUAUGUCAUUGAUUGAAGGCGAGACUCUGCAGGAAAGAUGGGGUGACAUGAAUGAGAAUGAAAGACGGUUUGUCUGUGAGGAACUCAAAUGUAUGGUGAAGGCAUGGAGGUCAUUGGAGCAAGACAGGCAUGACCAUUAUGUCGGUAGUCUGGGUAGGCAACCACUGAAUGAAAUCUUUCUUUUAAGUCAUCCAAACAUCACAGGGCCAUUCCAAGGUGCAAAUGCUGUCCAGCAAUUCCAAGACGCUUGUGGAAUCAAAAUCAAUGGGGAAGCGCCUAUUGUCUUCACACAUGACGAUCUUGUCCCGCCAAACAUCCUUUUGUCGUCUGGGCCGAAUCCAAGAGUAGCAGCGAUCAUUGACUGGGGCCAGGCAGGAUGGUAUCCUGCUUACUGGGAGUACUGCAAGGCGCGACGGGUGAGACCGAAUCUAGAAUACUUCAGCGACGCUAUGGAAGAAGAAUGGCGCAUGAAAUAUCUGCCAAUGAUUCUGGAUCCGGUUGAUGAUGAGACAAUAUACCACCCUUGGCUUUAUUUUGUAUUGUCCAAAGGAAUCUAA